GGGCGCGGGAUGAGUCGUCUGGUUCCGCACUCGCGGCUCCUCCUGCGCCAGUCCCAGGCGGUGCCGCGGGGGCUGCUCCGCGCCGCCUCCGACGUAGGCAUGGAGGAGCUGCUGAGCCGCUCCGUGCCGCCGCUGCCGCCCUACGAGACCAAGGAGAAGGCGCCGCCGCCGGCCGAGCUGCGCGGCGCGGAGUUCAUGCGGUAUUACCGCGGCCUGGCCGGGCCGCCCCGCGCUGAGCUCCUCGCUCGUCUGGCCCGCGACUUCGGCGUGGAUCACGGGCGGGUGGCGGAGUUCAGCGCCAAAGUGCUGCAGGCCCGGGAACAGCAGAGGGAGCUGGGAGCCCUGCUGCAGGCCGAGGACCGGCUGCGUUACUACCUGAACCCGCGGUACCGGGGGCUGUUCCAGCACCUGGGCCGCCUGGAGGGAGGGCUGCGCUUCCUGGUGGAGCUGAGGGGAGACCUGGUGGAGGGGCUGGCGAGCAAGGAGGUGGAUGGGCCUCACGUCAAGGAAAUGAGUGGUGUUCUAAAGAACAUGCUCUCAGAGUGGUUUUCAACAGGAUUCCUAAAUUUGGAGCGGGUCACGUGGCAAUCACCUUGUGAAGUACUCCAGAAAAUCAGUGAUUCUGAAGCCGUGCAUCCUGUUAGAAACUGGGUUGAUAUGAAGCGUCGAGUGGGGUCAUAUAGAAGAUGCUACUUUUUUUCUCACUGUGCAAUCCCAGGAGAGCCGUUGAUAGUCUUGCAUGUUGCAUUAACCAGUGAUAUCUCCAGCAGCAUCCAGGCCAUAGUGAAAGAAGUGGAACCUUUAGAAACAGAGGAUACAGACAAAAUUACAACAGCAAUUUUCUACUCAAUCAGUUUGACUCAGCAAGGACUGCAGGGGGUGGAACUUGGGACUUACCUUAUCAAACGUGUGGUAAAGGAGCUGCAGAAAGAACUCCCUCAGAUAAAAACUUUUUCUACUCUCUCGCCUAUCCCCGGGUUCACAAAAUGGCUCGUUGGUCUCCUCUCCUCACAGACAAAAGAACUGGAAAAGAAUGAACUUUUUACAGAAUCAGAACGCCAAGAACUAUCUCAGGUCACAGGAGACUGUACCACCGAAACACUAAAGAAGCUCUUAAACAACAACGAAUGGGUGCGAUCGGAAAAAUUAGUCCAGGCUCUCCAUUUGCCGCUGAUGAGACUGUGUGCCUGGUAUUUGUACGGGGAGAAACACCGCGGCUACGCACUGAACCCAGUAGCAAACUUUCACCUUCAGAAUGGCUCCGUGUUGUGGCGGAUAAACUGGAUGGCAGACACGAGCCCUCGGGGCAUUGCUGCUGCGUGUGGCAUGAUGGUGAACUACCGGUACUUCUUAGAGGAUACAGCCACUAACAGUGCAGCCUAUCUGGGGACAAAGGCCAUUAAAGCCUCAGAGCAGGUUCUUUCCUUGGUGUCGCAGUUCCAGCAGAAUAGCAAGCUUUAAAACUAAGGACGAGUGCUUUUCACUUGUAAGGAGCUGUCAUAUUUUGCAGUGCCUGUAUUUAAAUGUGAUCAUCCCUUAUAAAACAAAUUUACUCAGCACGGCGGGGUACAAAAUUAUCUAAAUUAUCAGCUGUCUUGCUUACACUGCCAUAUAUUCAAAGCCUGAUUUGUUGCAGUUGAAUCACUUGAAGUACUAGACAUCUGUUAUGUACAAAUGAAUUGGAGGUACAUAUUCAGGAGUGAGCAAAUUCUCUCAACCAAUCCAAUGGUAACUUGUAUGGCUGAAGUAUUUUCCAUACUAUUAUUCUGUUGGUAAUAAACAUGUAUAAAUGUCAUGGUUUUGGCUGGGGUAGAGUUAAUUUUCUUCAUAGAAGCUUAUAUAAUGGUGUGUGUUGGAUUUUUGGUACAAUAAUGUCAAUAAGACUGUGAUUGUAGUUGCUGCUGAGCAGUGCUUGCAUGGAGCCAAGAACAUUCCAGCUUCUCGUGCUGCCCCGCCAGCAAGCAGGCUGCAGAUGUGCAGGAAGCUGGAAAAGAACAGCUGACCCAAACUGGCCAAAGGAAUAUUGCAUAUUGUAUGGUGUGCACCCAGUGAUAAAAGCUUGUUGUAAAGCAGGAGGAAGAGGGGAUGCUGGCAGUGUUGGCCCUAGAAUUUGCCCUGCUUCCCUGGCAGUCGCUGCACUGUCUGCCUACCAAUGGAAUGUAGCAAAGUAAAUCAUUGUUUUGCUUUCCUUGCACACACAGUGAGAACCCACCAGUUCUUGUGCCUUUACCUUUUUUAUUUCCUUCCCUCAUUCCAUGUGGGGAGAGUGGGCAAGCAACUGUGUGGUCCUGAGCUGCCUUUGGGGUUAAACCACAGUGAUAAACUGUGUGUCUUCUGUGCCUUUAGACGGUGCUGCGCUUCUCUGUCACACUGCCCCUAUAGGUAGAUUAGUACUGAAGAACCUGCAAAGAAGUACUGCAUGAAGGUGAAUUUUUUGGUCAAGUAUAUUAGCAAAACACUGGUGUACAAUUUUAUGUCAGUAAUGACUUUGUCUUUUUCUCCCUCAGACAAUUUAAUGUAAAACCACUAAAAUUCACACUGAAUCUUUGCUUUGUUGGAGCACUGAAAAGCCUUGCAUAAAUGUUCUUGCAAAUCAGGGCUUCUCAGGGAAGCAGGUACAUAGUGUUAUAACUGCACUUUUUUCUGCUGAAGUAUAAUGAGCAAGAAGGAAGUGUUGAAGUAGAAGAGCUGAUAAAGACAUGUUUUAAUGAAGAGGUAGGUGUGAUUUGUAAACCAAUAAAAUAAACUUUCUCAUUAAAUCA